AUGUCGCAGAUGGCGAACGGUGACAUCAACAGCCAGGCUUUCUGGAAUGAGUUCAUGCGAAGACCAGAUGCAAAAGCGGCCUACCAAGCAGAAAGGCGUCUGCAGGAGAAGAAGCGCCUAUGGCUGGAAGAGCGGAGAGCUGUAGAGGAACGAGCAGAGCACCGUCGUUUGCUGGCUGAUGCUUUGGAGGAAGCACCUGCUGAGCUGAAGAAGCUCGUGGCGCCGAUGUUCCACAUCCGGUUUGUGGAGGAUUACUUGUGGAUGAUUUAUGAUGAGUGCUCGAAGAAACAGAAAGACUUCAAGGAAAAGUUGCGGGAUGGUGCGACGGCAGAUCAGCUACGUAAGAUGCGGGAAAACUUCCAAGCUGGGGGAGAGGAGCGAAUGGCGGACAUGGAGAAGGAGUGGCAUGCUCAGUGCAAGGCGAUGUCAGAAGCUGAGGAGAAGAAGAAGGAAGUUCUCCCGCAAAGCAUUGACAUUCACACCUUGAAGCAUGUGCUGGAGUACGCGCAGGAGUGCAAGCGCGAAGGCAACCUCAAGUUCCAGGAGGGCCUCUACGAGGAGGCCUUGUAUAUCUACUCUCAAGCCGAUGAUGCCAUGAAGAAGUGGAAGGUGGCCAAACAUCUAAAGAACGAGGAGAAGUGGUUGAAAGACUACCAUUUGGCUUGCCUCAAGAACAAGGCGCAAGCAGCUCUGAAGCUGGAGCUCUUUCAGACCGCGCUGGAUGCCUCCGAUGCGGCGCUAAGCAUCGACACGGAGGACCACAAAGCCUGGUACAGGAAAGUGCAAGCGGAGAAGGGCCUUGGCAGAUUCAAGGAGGCCGAGGAGUCGCUGGCCAAGCUAGAGGAUGUGGCCCAGUGGUGCCCCGACAGACGGCGCAUCCUGCGAGAUUGCGAGGCGGAGAGGAAGAGGAUCAAGGUGGCGCGAGUCAAGCAUCGACAAUCGACCCAAGAGAUGUUGGGUCGAGCCUUCGAGGCGGGCGUCUUCAGCAUUGACAGAGAUCGCGAGUUGGAGGAGGCUGCGAAGAAGUUGGAGGAGCCACCUGCGCAGAUGCAGGUCUCCACGGAGCAGAGGAAGAGCUUGGAGGCACAGGCGCGGCCGCUGGAGCGCAAGAUCCAGCUGACUGCAGCACUGGCUGGAGACUUGAUGGAUGAGCUCGCCGCCGCAUACGGUCAGAAAUGGUUCCAGGAGAGGGUGCGAAAAUGCGCUCGAGACUCCGGCUUCGAGCGGUCUGUUUUCUUGAUGCGACUCAAGGAUGUGGCCUUUGAAGUUCAGAAGCCCGUCCUGGAGAAGUGGGGUUUUGAGGGCAACGAGCACGGAGUUCGUGAGAUGACUGCUGCCAUCCGCGAGCAUGCCGGUAGAAGUGGCAAGGACAUGCCUCAGUGGCUGAAGGAGAAGCAAGACAGGUGCUUAGAGCUCUUGUAUGGUGGCCCAGAAGGAGCCCCCGAGAAGGUCGAUGUCAAAAUGCAUUGGCUCAUUAUGAUAGAGUGGAAUCCCGGGGUGGGGUUCCGCGGCCAUCAUGGUGGACUUCCAGAUAUCUCCGGAAUGAGCUUCGGCUUCACAGUGGACGUCACUGGACAGAUCCCCGAGAACUGGACCGCUGAAGAGCUCCGCAAGUGCUUCGAGAAAUUUGGCGACAUCGGAGAUGUGUUCAUUCCACGCGAGAGGUUUUCUGACAGACCUCGGCCGUUUGCCUUCGUGAGAUUCAAGGACGACACGGAUGCAACAGAGGCAAUCAAGGAGAUGAAUGGCACGAAGUAUGAGGGCAGCACCCUCAGCGUCUCCAAGGCCAAUCGGAGCAGGGAGGAGGCACGUGCGGAGACAGCGCGGGACGACGGAAAGCGGAAGGAGUCCAAGUCACGGCGCAGUAGACGAUCCACCAGCCGAGGUCACGGUCUUCUCGGCCGCGGCGGCAGAGAUGCGAGUCGAGUGACAGCGGGCGACGGCGCAGGCGUCGCAGCAAGAGUGCCAGCAGUCGAAGCAGCCGCAGUCGCAGUCGCAGUCGGCAUCGUUGACUCGAAGAAAAGUGGGGUGUUUCAGUUGGUGGACUUGGAUUUUGGCCUCGACUGCAAGCCCCCGUUGCGCUGUGCACUCGCCGAACGACUCGUACUACUGGCUUCCCGCUCGGUGACAGCCGUUGAAGCCAUGGCUGAUGGAGGGGAGGUCUUGCUGAGAAGAGGGGGAGAAAGGCACAACACAACCAGGUUUGUGAAAGGUACCAAUGCAAAGAAGCCACCGAACUUCGAAGGAACAGGGGUUAUCGCCCUGUUCAAGCAUCCGCUCUCCAUCUUCAUGAUCUGCGUCCCUUUCGGCGUCUGGUCCUACUUCUUCAAGUGGGAUCCCGCCUACACGUUUUGGCUCAACUUCUUCGCAAUGCUUCCAAUGGCCAAGAUCUUGGGAGAUAUCACGGAGGAGCUGGCAGCCGGCCUGAGGAACGACCUUCUCGCCGGCCUGAUCAAUGCCACCUUCGGGAAUGCAGUGGAGAUGGUCAUCACGGUGCAGACGCUGCGCGGCGGCCUCUAUGCGGUGGUCAAAGCGACGCUUCUAGGCUCCGUUCUGUCAAAUGUGCUGCUGGUGCUGGGGAUGUCCUUCCUCUUCGGGGGCUUGGUGAAUGUCACCGGGAAGACAGAAGAGCAAGCAAAAGUGAAGGAUGCGGAAUCCCUGGAGAAGGAAGCCACAGGAGGUUACAGCAUGGUUGCCGAGAAGGUGCAGACCUUCAAAAUCCUUGGAGCCAUGGUGAAUACCUCGAUGCUCUUGCUGUCGUGCCUUUCGUUCACUCUGGUGACGGUGUUCGGCACGAUGCUGGAAGACCAUUACAAGAUGAACCACAGUGACCUCGAAGAGGUGAUGCUGCCAAUCUCUCGGACAUGCUCCAUCAUCAUUGUCUCUGCCUACGUCGCGUAUAUCGUUUUCCAGCUGUUCACGCACCGAACCGUCAUGGCAGAAGGAGGCGACGGCGACGACGAAGAGGAGGAAAGUUCAAUAUCGGUGACCACAGCAGCCGUACUCCUGUUUGCAAUGACAGCAGUUGUCGCUUUCUGUUCGGAGCUACUAGUAGAUUCAAUUGAGAGCAUGACGGCGCGGGCGCACAUGGGUGAGCACUUCAUCGGAAUCAUUCUCUUGCCCAUUGUGGGCAAUGCAUGCGAGCACGCUGCGGCCGUACGCUUUGCCAUGCAGGACAAGCCUGGUCUAUCGAUCGGGAUCGCAGUUGGAUCUUCUACGCAAAUAGCGCUCUUCGUAGUCCCCUUCUCUGUUCUCGUGGGAUGGGCCAUCGACAAGCCGAUGGACUUGAACUUCGGGGCCCUCAAUGUCACCGUGAUGACGCUUAGCGUCAUAGUUGUCCUUUCCAUGGUGGUGGAUGGCCAGUCCAACUGGCUGCAAGGCUACUUGCUCUGCGCAGCCUACGCCGUCAUAGCUGUUUUGUUUUGGUAUGUGCCAAACGAUACAUCCAUCUGA